GCUAGGACGCGUGGGAACCUGGAAGGCAUGUAGUUUAUCCAAAAAAGAAAAACUUGGAAGGCAUCUAAACGCAACACCUACCACUGAAUAGUGAAUGCUCCAUCACUUCUUAUCAUCGCCUCCACCAUCACUGGCAAUUCUUUCUCCCUCCAGCCCCUGAAGCAACGAGCGCCCCACUCUGUCGGAUUUGGUUUUUUGAAGAAGCUUACAGGGUGUCCGGUAGCUCCUACCCGUCUUAGAUUUACACCCACAUUGCCCGAACCCCCCUGAUGAGAUGACCCAGAAGCCACCCUCUCUAUAUAAUUGCUUCUUCUUUUUUUUUGACAACUCUGUUGACUCGGCUUCCUUCCUUUUUGCACGAGUGGGGUCUAUUUUGUUGAUUGGUUGCUUUUAAUCUAUGUUCCGGGUUUAACCUAUGAACUAACAAUUUCAGAGAUCUGGGUUUUCAGGGAUGUCCUCGUGAAUUGGGUAUUCAUAGGUAAGACCGUCACCGCGAGCAGCUUCUGAAUUCAGUGUACUUUUCAUUGUUGAUGUUUUCUUUAUUCGUCUCGUACGGGGUUAUACCUGUUUCUUGUAUGAUGUUUAAAGCGGCGACUCUCCUGUUUGCUCCUUCCUUCACGAUCUUUCAACAUGUUCGUGAAUAGUUUCUAUGGAAUUUACAUCUCGUGUCUGCGGUUCCUGGCCUGCUUUACUUUUGUUUGGUCUGUCCUUUGAUGUUUUGCCUGGUUGCAGCACGCUUUCUUUUGAUGCUUGUUCACACAGUGUUUUACCCAGGGGUGGGAGGGAAUGAUUCCGGCGUUGCUUUUGUAAUUGUCAAUGAAGAGUAAAAUGUUUGAUGAACGUGAGCGGUCUGCGGUCAUGUGAUGAAUUGGUGUAUAUGAUUUUCAAUAUGGUAUUCUGCUUCAUGGUCAUCUGUGUGUGUUUGAAUGUAUAGGCAGGCACCAGGCUCCUAGAAAAUGGGCGCUGAUCUUAAUGCUGAAUUAUCCAAGAAAACAUCACUUUUUGGACUUAAAGCUUGGGAAAUAACUGGAAUUGCUGUUGGAUUGUUUAUAGUAGUUAUACUCGUGCUCUCUGUUUGCCUUACUUCGCGGAAGAAAUCAAGAAAAGCCAAGGAUAGGAUUCCCCUUAGUCAAAUACCAACUGUCUCGAAGGAUAUUAAGGAAGUGAGGGUUAAGCACGUACCAGCAAAUGGAUUUGCUCCUCGUGAUGGAAUUCUUCUCACAAUACAUGAUAAAUCCAGUGACAGAGAAUCAGACAAAGUUAUGGUCCAUUUGGGCGUGGGGAAGAUGAAAAAUGGGGAUAAUAGCAGUUUUUCCGAUUCAUUCAAUCACUUGGAGAUAGAUGGAGGUGGAUCACAGUCAGUAGAGGAAGGUAGCUCUGGCACUCUUACAGUGUAUAAGCACUCUUCUUCAUACCCUAUAACAGCUCCUUCCCCUCUGUCUGGUCUCCCAGAAUUCUCUCACUUGGGUUGGGGCCACUGGUUUACAUUGAGGGAUCUUGAAAUUGCUACGAAUCGUUUUUCCAAAGAGAAUGUGAUUGGUGAGGGUGGCUAUGGAGUUGUAUAUCGGGGACAGCUGAUCAAUGGGAGUCCAGUGGCAAUUAAAAAGAUACUCAAUAACAUCAGCGGUCAAGCAGAGAAAGAAUUUAGAGUGGAAGUUGAAGCUAUUGGCCAUGUACGACAUAAGAAUUUGGUUCGCCUUUUGGGCUACUGCAUUGAGGGGACGCACAGGAUGCUAGUCUAUGAGUAUGUCAAUAAUGGAAACUUGGAGCAAUGGCUCCAUGGAGCUAUGCGUCAUCAUGGAUAUCUUACAUGGGAAGCACGAAUGAAGAUCCUCCUUGGCACGGCCAAAGCUCUUGCAUAUUUGCAUGAAGCCAUUGAGCCAAAGGUGGUGCACCGGGAUAUCAAGUCAAGCAACAUAUUAGUCGAUGAUGAUUUUAAUGCCAAGGUUUCUGAUUUUGGCUUGGCCAAACUGCUGGGUGCUGGGAAGAGCCAUGUCACAACACGAGUUAUGGGAACAUUUGGAUAUGUGGCACCUGAAUAUGCAAAUACUGGUCUUCUAAAUGAAAAGAGUGAUGUUUAUAGCUUCGGUGUUAUGCUCUUGGAAGCAAUCACAGGAAGAGAUCCAGUUGACUAUGGUCGACCAACUCAUGAAGUUAAUCUGGUUGAUUGGCUCAAGAUGAUGGUUGGAAGCAGGCGAUCAGAAGAAGUGGUUGACCCAUAUAUUGAGGUGAGGCCCUCCACCAGAGCUUUAAAACGGGCCCUCUUGACUGCCCUGAGAUGUGUGGAUCCUGAUUCCGAGAAGAGACCCAAGAUGGGCCAAGUUGUACGGAUGCUGGAGUCCCAUGAGUACCCCUUGGCUAGAGAGGACCGAAGGCGCCGAAGAAAUCAAGGGGAGAGCAUGGAAAUUGAAUCCCAAAAGGAAUAUUCAGACACAGAUGGAUCAGAGAGCAGAGGAUAACCUCAGAGCAGACAUAACCAAAACACCGAUUCUUUUUUAGGGUCAGUUGAAUGUAUAAAGUGAGAGGGUAAAUACUUUCAAGUUUUUCUUUUUAACCUUUUUAGGUCAUUGGUUUGAAUUUCCCUAUGCAAGUAAGAUUAUAUGAUUCGACGAGUAUUGCAGGAUAAUCACCCCCUCCCCCUCUUUCUUA